UAAAGGAGAGAGGAGAAAAUCUGUGGCUGGACCAGGAAUCGAACCCGGGACCCCUGCAUUACUAGUCAGGUGCACUAUAACUAUACUGAUUUACCCAGGCCAACUCUACUGAUCUACCCAGGCCGAUAUCCACUGACCGUAUGGCCCUUACUGCUACAAUAUUAUACUGAUUAAUCAAAACAAUUUAUUUUUUAAGUUAGCAGGGCAAAACUAAAUCAAUUCAAAACACAAAUGUUCCUAAGUUAUGUGGAUUAAAGUUUUCUUGUGCUCCCUUGACUAUAGUUAAAUGUUGAGGGAGGGGAAUAUUCUUUUUUUCAUGUCUGCAUUAAUGUCUGAAACUUGAACCUUGCUCAUAGAACAUGGUGAUUUGUAGUGAUAUAGCCCGGCUUGCAUAUUUCAUAAUAUGUGCAUUCCUUGUAGGUAGUCUUUUCUUUUGGUACUAAAGUUUUUAACCUUGUGACUUUGACCUUGGAGUUUGACCUACUUUUAGGAAAUCCAAUGUAGGCAAUAUAUCCUAAUUGAACUAAUGAAGGUAGGGAAGUUGUCUUUUGGCAGUGUGUAUAGAUUCCUUAUGGCAAGACCUUAUAUAACACACCAUGAUUUUUGACCUUGUAUCAUAGAAUUAUGUCAUGACCUACUCCAGUAUGAUAGAGGUUAAUUUCACAGCAAUCUACUUUUGACUUGGUGAUGAGGUACAUGUAUAUAAGGGACGUUAACCGAGGCUCUAACUUUUUGGAGCAUUUGCCAUAUGACCCUUUGGAGUUGAGUUGGGGAUCGACACAAUAUAUGGGGCCAAAAUUUUUCAUGGCAAUAGAGAUUGCAGAAUUAAAGUCUUUUAACAUCACAAUAGCAUGGCCGAAGUGACUCAAGUAAGUGUAAUUGUGGCCCAUGUUUAAAUUCAGUCUGUCUAAACCAGACCUUCAAUCUCGCUCCCCCCCCCCUUUUUUUUUUCUAUGUCCUCUCGUCUUGUUUUAAUCAGACUGGUUAGAAUUAACCUGUGAUGCAUUUGUAAAAAUUCCUUACUCCACCCUUGAAGAUCACAUGAGCUUGUCCAGAAUAAGAGGGGGGAGGACACAGGCACUCAACGUUAAAUUUAAAUAUCAAUAAUAAUGAAAAUUGUCUACCUAUGAACAAAUUAUAUUCAUAGGGGUGGGGGGGGGGGGGUUAAGUCCAAAAACGUAUCGACAUCAUCAAAACGACUUCAUAGGUAAUUUCACUUUUCUAUUUUUUUUAUAUAUUUUUUUUUUAAUAAUUCCGGAAAAACUAAAGGAAAGACACAUUUAAGAAAACAGUUUGUAGUUGUCCCUGAAGAAGUUUGGUUAUGGCAUUUUGUAAGGAAUUCAAUGCAAUUCACAUUUUCACUCAAGAAGCUUGAAACGGCGGGCGCGACGCUGUUUUUGUGGUUUUUCAUAAAUUGCGGUGGAAAAACUUUCAUAAUCGAUGUGUACUUUCACUUUGAUUUCCAGGUUAUGACUCGUUUUGGUCGGUGCAGUCAGGGCGCCGUUCAACGUUUACAAACUGUUAUUCCAUGAUGUCUGAUACUGAAGAUGGCACAGUGGAAUUUCAAACAAGCAAUGGGACUUUACAAUCCUCCCAUGACUCCAUCACUGUUCCCAGCAUUCCCCUCUCAGAACCCAUGAGGGAUCGGCCAGGUAAUGGUGACAUGUCAGAGGACUCGCCCAGCAGUUUACCAUUGGACACUGAUGGGAGGCAGACGGCAGUUCUUGCUGCCAGUGAGUCGCAUUCCAGACAUGUAGAAGAUCGUCAAGCAAAUGGGCAAUGCUCUGAAAUUAAUAUUGAUUCUUCAGAUGAGUUAGGCAUAUCCAGCAAACCUGUUCUGGAAAAUGAAAAUUUUCCUGAAAUUCAAAUUGAUAUGAGUAAUGAUGUGGUUGAUGUUUGCCAGGCUGCUUUGGAAAAUUUACAGGAUAAGCUCCCUGAGGUUCAAUUUAAUAAACCGGAGUCAAAGGAUCAUUUUGCUAAUAAGAUAUCAGAUGAGAAAGAGGAUGGACUCAGUAUGAAAACAAAGAUGGUUGCCCAAUCUCCUGAUGGUCAUAGUCUGAAACUUAAACAAAUGAGAGCCAGCACAAUGUACACAGAUUUUAUUUGUCCCAUCUGUGAAAGUCUUCUCUCUGAUCCAUGUUGUCUGGGAUGUCUACAUGCAGUUUGCUCAAACUGUUUGACAGUGGAGGAACAGAAAGUGAGGUGCCCCACUUGCUUCACUGAAACUGACAUUCCUGGAGGUGAUAUCGGUGCACUUUCGAGAAGUAAAGUUCUGGCAGCCCUUGCUGAGAAGCAGAGCACAGGAACUAAACAGUGUGAGGUUUGCAGGUUAAUGAAAAAGAAAUCUGACGCAACAGGUUUCUGUCUUGAAUGCAAGGACUAUCUUUGCCAAGAUUGCUGGAAUGUGCACAAAUUUACCAAGUUUACACUUAAUCAUAAGGUAAUAUCCUUGGAUGGAUCCUCUAUAGAGGAACUGGAAAUACAGAACAGAAGACAGACCGAAAAUUCCAAGUGUAGUAGGCAUUCAAAUGAAGACCUCAAGUAUUUCUGUAAAGGUUGUGAGAUGAAUGUGUGCACUGAUUGCAUUCUUCUGGAUCACCAGAACCACCCAUGUAUUUCAGUUCAAGAAGCAUAUGAAAAGCAGAAGAUGAACCUUGAUCUGAUGCUGAAAGGGGUUGAUGAUCAAAUUCAAAGAAUACAAAUGGAAGACUUCGAAAUGGGAAUGGCUGCUGCAGAUCUGGCUGAAGAAGUUGAGAUUGAAAAAAUCAAAUCAACAGUUGAAAAAGUAAUACAGGAUAUACAAAAACAGGAGAAAGAGGCUGUUGCGUCUGUACAAGUGAAGUUCAAAAGCCUUAAAGGACAGUAUAAAAAAAGGCAAAGUUCAGCUCAUGAACUGCUCUACCAUCUGAAAGAAGCCAAAACCAUCUGCAGUCAAUUCUGUGCCCUGAGUAACUGUGAGGAAUUUAUGGCUCUUGAGAAGAUGUUUUGUAGAAGACUUGUUCAUGUCUUGAACAUGAUUCUCAUGCCAGAACCAAUUUCUUGGUAUGAAAAACCUUCAGUUGAAUUAGAUCCCUUACUACAGAAUGAUUGUAAAUUAAAGUCCCUCUUCAAAGUAACUAAUUACAGCAAGUGUUAUGACUGGACAAAAGACAUGCCAUGUGUUGGAACAGUAAAGGAAAUUUAUAAUGACAGAGAGUUAUGUGUAAAGGCAGGCCACCCAGAAUGGUUCUUGCGUUCUGAAGAAGUGUACAAUAUGCCUUUGAAAGAAGAGGGUCUUCUUCAUAAGAGAGAGGGUAUGAUGGAUACAGGGAUAUCUCUGUCCACACAGAGUGAGAGUGGAAGUACUGCUAAUUCUGAAAACUAUGAGGAUAUGGGGGCAAAGCCUAAGACCAUUUCUCCAAAAAAGAAACGUGGACGAAAGAAGAAGAACACUGCAUCUUCCAUGGAAAACAUUUCACCUUGUAAUCAGAUACCAGGUGGAGGGAUCUCUGGGAUGUACAACUCAGAUUUCUUUGAUACAGAAGCUUAUGGUUCAACUUUGUCUGGACAAUAUCCAGGAUACAUAGAAAUGUCGGAAGCAUGUCUUAAUCCUUCCUCACACAAUCCACUCAAGUAUCCAACAACCGGCAUCUUUCCCGGUGUAGGAUACAUGAUGAAUUCUGCCAGUCUGAAUGCACUUACAGACAUUUCAAAGAAAGUCAAAAUUACAAAGCAAGCAAGUCAUCCUUCGAAGACUCAAAACAAAGAUUCUAAGGAAAAUGCUAAAGCAAAACCCAAAUCUGCCCCUGAAGAGGCCAAGUCCAAGAAAGCCAAAGCUACAAAGACUAAACCUGCUAAUUCAUCUGUUUCCAUCACUCCAAAAUGGAGGCUGGACACAAAAUGUGCUGAUGAUAAAGAUGUUCCCUUCUUGACAUCAGUGCAUCCUAUUCAGCACGAUAAAGUGGUUGUUUCUGAUAGCAUGAAUCACAAGAUAAAGAUGUUCUCCAUUGAUGGUAACUUCCUAAAAUCUUUUGAUGCCAUCAAUCCAACCAGUGUCAUCUUUGUGUGUGGAACUUUUGUCUGGACUACUGGUCACACAAUUAUCAUUAAGGACCAGAAUGAUGAAUUUGAGAAAGUUAUCAACUUUCAGAAUGACACGAUCCCCCAUCCCCUAUCUUGGUAUCCCCAAAGUCAUUUUGCUGUAGCUUGUGGGGACCACCUAAGGAUUUACCAUGUGGACAAGGACAAGCAGAAUUUCACCAAGAAGUGUCAGAUCUCCUUCCAGCUCCCUAACCAGCAGAGGAUGUCUAACAUCUUCUCUGUCAAGUCCAAUGGCAAUGGAAAGAGCCUUGUGAUGACGGACUGGGACCUGAAGGCUGUGGUUGUUGGAGACCAGGAAGGAAAGGUUACAGGAAUGUUUAACGGUGACCAUGGUAACCAGUGGUAUCCAGGCGGUGCCUGCUUCAACAAUGUUGGGGACAUAUUUGCCUUGGACUACACGCACGAUCGUCUGCUACUGCUGAACACUGAUGGUGAACUGCUGCAGGAGUGGAACACUGCCCCCACCAUCACUAAGCCUUGGUCUGUUGUUUGUGGAGCCGCCAAACAGCUCUUCAUUACUGGGAGUGAUCAUUAUGUUCAUGUCUACCAAUAUUUGUAUGAAGAGCAGUAAUGAAUCUACGCAGAAGUAGAGUAUGGUAAUAUGUCAUUCAGAUGAAGUUUGAUAUGUGGUAUGUAUGAAGGAAAAGAAGAGAGAUUUGUACAUGUACCAGAAUUUAUAUAUAUUUUUUUUCAAUCACUUUUAGUGUAUCCCAAGAGGAGAUUUUGUUUGCAUUGGUCAAUUGCCAGAAUCUGUUGUGACUCCUUGAAGUAAAAGUUAUGUGUAACCUGCAUUUUGACUGUAAUCGUUUUACCCUUCAGUUGAAGGUUAUGCAGAAGUUUUCAUGAAGUCAUUUUAUUAAAGUAUACAACCUACAUUUACUGAUGAUAAAAGAA